AUGUCAUAUUUUCACGACCAUAAUUAUAGACCUCCGUUGCCACCCCGGUCUCCGCGUCCGGGACUGGCAACUUCACCCGGUCCGGAGUUUUCACCUUUUCCUACUCCGUCCUUGAGCUCAGAAUGCGGUGUGCCAUCGCCAUCUUACGAGAUUCCCCCACCGCUUCCCCGGCGGCCCGUAGGUGCGCCUCCUGGAACGAGCACCUCGACUCUUGGUGGCUUACGGUCCUCCUCGGCGCCAUACCUUGAUGCUUCUUCGGCUCAUGGUCCUGGAUAUGCUAGCUUCCCGCCGCCCCCUGUUUCUCCUAAUCGACCACAGGCACAGGCCUCACGACAGCAUCAGAAACCACCACCUCUGCCCCCACGGUCUCCACAUCAGGUUGCAAGCCCGUUUACACAGGCAGUAUCUAGAGCUUCUUAUGCGCAGGCACAGACCGUGACGACUUCAAAUGACGGUCCUGUUACUCCAACCCAGAUUACCAGCUUUCCUUCACCACCUUCUAGGCCUCCGCAGCACAGGGUAACGUCAGGAGGCAGUCCUGUUCAACGUGACAAUGGCGGCUUCCGUUCCAAAUUUCCGCUACCACCGGAUCCUCCUUUCGACCCAGAGAUACCUAGCUCGCCGCCGCCGGCUUACUCUGUGGUAGAUGAAGCUGGAAGCGAGAUACAGUCUCCAGGGGCAGACUCACUCCCACAUGCAGCGUACAGCUCUUCUGAGCCGCCAAUGACACCAGGAGGAUCUGGGGCAACGACACCGGAUCCGUCAACUUAUAUGACUUUUCCCACGGCGUCCUUUAUUCCGCCGACAACAGCACCCGCGAUACCACCACAGGUCGUCGUGGUGUCUCCGACGGUUAGUGCUCAGAGAACUUCAUCAGCGACAUCAUCUUUACCGUCAAGCACCAAUGUAUCCAAUCCGCAAUCGCCGGAUGCAAUGUCCUUCUUUCCAACUCCUCCCUUGGUCUCGCCCAUGCCAGUCAAAGAUCCUAUUGAGGAGUUGAUGCAAUCCGUGAGCCUUGAUUUGAAGUCAGCGUCAGAAGACUCGACACAGAAAAGUCGCCCUGUGCAGCUCCAGACGCCAGCGUCCUCGACAGAAGACCUCGCAGUUUCGCCCAGUCCAAGCAAACCGGUAGUUACACCUUUACGACCACCGAAGAAGCCGCUGGACGACGUUCCGGCAGCUGUACCGCAGCUGAAUGGCGGAGCACCUGGUGGUAAGCCCUCCGUAUCAUUUGAAACUGCCCGACCGGGCGCUGCCGUGCUGGUGUCACGGCCAAGGCUGCGAUCCCACAGUUGGAAAUCAAAAGCCGUUGUCACCUCCUGCAUUGAUACGCCAGCGACAUUUUCGACAACCUGGUAUUCUCAUCCCGGAACUCCAGGCUUUCUCAUCUGCUCGCGCUGCUACGCCGAUCACAUUUCGACAACAAAAUUUGCCAAUCUCUUUCAAGGUUCGACGCUUGACGACGGAAAACCUCGGGUUUGCCGCUUCAGUAUCCCGCGCUUCAAGAAUCACAUGUUUCCUACAGCCGUCACGACUUCAUAUCUGCAGCCUCUGAUUGACUAUAUGCGUCGUCGAUCCAAUAUUCCAGACUGCCGUGGCGGCGAUGGCAUCUUGGGGUCGACUGCUUCGGCUGCGAAUAUCAAAUGGUACAACACAAGAGAUAACGCGAUACCUGGCUUUCUCGUUUGUGAGGCUUGCUAUGAAGAUUACGUUGGUUGUACUCCGUCACUUGCAACCUUUUUUCAAGCACACCCACAAGGUCAGGGCCCCACAGAAGUCUGGUCGUGCGACUUUGCCUUGUCCUUUAUACAAAGACAGUAUGCAGCCGACAGCAAGAAUACUAACCCGCGGAUUGGUUGGGAUAAUUUUGUCGUUGAAGCAAAAGCCCGGAUCGGCAUUACUCGCUGUGGGCAGGGAGAGCGCGUCAGGACCUUUGGCAGGAAAUGGUUCCAGCCCGUAUCGGGUCCCAAGGACCUCGUCGUCUGUGCAGCUUGCUAUUGCGACGAGGUCAUACACACUGGCGAGGAACCGAAAUGGACGAUUGUCCCCGGCCUCACCGAGGCGCGAGAUACCCAUAUCCGCUGCGCUCUAGGCGGACAGUUCAAUAUCAAGAUCGCCAUGGCGCGCGCACAGGAAAAGAAGGAUUUCUCUUGCUUCUGGGAUGCCGUCAAGAAGCUCGAAUGGCACCCUCCGUGCGAGGAGGCGGGUGUGGUAGAUACCGAGUGGUGGACUUUGCCUGGCGACCCACUGGGUUUCCAAGUGUGCGGCGCCUGCUAUUCGGUGGUUUGCGAAUCUUUGGAUGUCGCCAACAUCUUUACAAGAAAGACGGUGCGACAUGCCACAGGCAAGCCGCUGCGCUGCUGCUUCAAUAUUGCACAUCCCAGACUGCGAAACUACAUGCCCAGACUCUUGGAGCUUUACUUUACCAACAACCCGGCCGCUCUGAUCACUUACGCCGAGAUCUACGCGAGCAUCCCUCCUUGCUGCAGAGACGAGGAGGUAAAAGGAGGCAGUUGGUAUGGUUGGGACGACUGUCACAUUUGCGCAGAGUGCUAUCUAGACUUUGCAAGGCAGCAUGAGCUUGCUGAACACAUGCCGCUGAGAAACGCCUUCAAGGAGCAGGGAGUCAUGUGCGAAAUGUACUCGACGCGUAUGCGGCAGCAAUUCGUCGUGUGCUCGCGCCGGUUCCCGCCCGACGUCGGCGAGCUCCUCCAUUCCAGUCGACACCGACGAGAAAUCUACGACCAGACGGUCCCACAAAUGAAGCGAAUUCUACGACAGCAAAAUCCCUCUCUAGGCCAGCAAGCUGGGGAAUCCCCGGAAAAGUUUCAUGGCGGCAUGAGGCUGUUCAAGACAUUGGAGGAGCAGUGGAAAACGGUGGAGUAA